UGUCCGCUCCUUCUGCAUGAGUGCCUGCGUCUUCUGAUCGGUAUCUCGCAGCCGCGAUGUGUCGUACAACAAGAUGCCUCACUGCCUUCGUUGCCGCUACCUCAGUCAGGACGGUCGCUCAUUGAACAACGGCCUCCCUUUCCUAAAUGGGGACUCCAUGUUUGAAUCUGAGAGGGACGGAGGGACAACUAACGCAACUACAGAAUAGCUAACAGAUGGCACAUUUUUGCAGGAUUUCCUGUUUGUCUCAGUGUUGUCGAGCAAUUAAGCGUCUACGCGAUGCACGUGGCCGUCAAGGACUGCGUCGCUCUCUUCGUCUACUCCUUCACGUUCAUGCUGGGCCUUCCCGCCAACCUGCUCGUUCUGUCCGUGUACGUCCGCAAAGCCCGCAAGCGCGGCGCCACGCCCAACGUGGUCUACGCCCUCAACCUCGGCCUGGCCAACCUGGUGCUGGUGACCUGGUUGCCCGUCAAGGCUUUGGAGACCUUGCUUCAAGACUGGCGGCUCCCGCCUACCGUGUGCCCCGUUUAUAGCUUCUUCCUAUUCUCGUCGCUCUACGGAAGCUGCCUGUUCAUCACGGCCGUGACGAUGGGACGCUACCUCAGCAUCGCCUUCCCCCUCGUCUACAAGCGGUACCGCCGGGCUCGUAUCUCAUGCUUCAUCAGCGCAGCCCUGUGGGCCUUCGUGCUUCUUCACCUCGGCGUUGGCCUCGUGGCGGAAGGUGGCGCCAACUUCGUCUCCGUCAAGGACGACGCUUUGGCGUGCUACGACCAUUUCAAUGCCUCCCAGCUGGCCGUGCUGCUUCCCCUCCGCCUGGAGAUGGCCGCGGUCCUCUUCCUCCUGCCUCUGUUGGUGUCGUCCUUCUGCACGCUGCGUUGCGUCACCCUGGUGUGGCACUCCAACUUACGACCCGCGGGGAAGAGGCGAGUCCUCGCGGUGUCGCUGUCCACGCUGGCUGUGUUCGUGGUGUGCUACGCUCCCUACAACGCCUCGCACGUGGUGGGAUUUGUGACGGGCGAAAACAUAGAGUGGAGAACGUACGCCAUGCUGACGAGCUCUUGUAACGUUUUCCUGGAGCCCGUCGUCAUGUUGAUGCUGUCACCGGCAGCAUCGAGAGAGAUCGUGGGUAGAAUCUGCGCGGGGCAAAGCAGACUGAGUCGUACGGAAGCGUUUCGCCAUCAUUGCACCACUCCCAACACUGUGGCUAAUAUCAGGUCGCCAGCUACCAUCACUGAGAAGAGCCAAGCUGGGGCGGACAUGCCGAAACUGAGUCAGGAAUGAGAUGAGGACUUCCCUUUAUUAGAAGACAAACUCAGUGAACAUUUUUUAAAUGUACUUUGCAAAUACAGUGGUGAUACAAGUGAUCCAAGUUACAAGGUUUCCGAGAUACGAGCCGUUGUUUGGCCGUUUUUCGCUUUGACUUGAGAGCAAACAUUUGACAUGCGAGCACUGUGUGGUGGCAGUCAAGUCAACUCAUUUCACAGCAUGCAACAGUUUGGCAGACAGUGAGCAAUUCUCCAAAAAAGAGGCUUAGGUGUGGAAUGCCAUUCCCAGUUGAAGUUUACGGACAUAAGCUAAAUAAAAAGAAGAGAAAUUACAUGUUGUGUAUUUGAAACAAUGACAUACCUUUUCCUUACAGUUAGCUAUCUUAAUGCUAACAAAAAAGGGCUUUACGUAAUGGAUAUUUGAACACAAAUGGCGCCGCAACAAAGGUAGACAGACAAUAUAACAGUACUUACAGGCAUGUUUUCUUUAUUCUCAGCGAAAAACAACAAAUAUUACUGCUGCCUACUGAGUCAUUAGUAGUUGUGAAACUCUUUUACAUUUGUGUGGGCAUGAUUGCAUUAUGCUGCCACCUGGUGGCCAAGUUGUGCAGACCAGAAGGAGCCACAACAAAUUAAUCAUGAUGCACAAACUGUAUAAUUCUUUACAUUCGUUUUGAUUAUGUUAUUACUGUUUUUUCCCCCUGCAAUUUACUGUAUGAGAAAAGAGCUCACUAAACCUCCUUUUCAAUAAUAUGGAUAUGUAUCACCUUGGUAAAAUUGCACUAACACCACUUUAUUGACUUAUUAUUAUUAUUAUUUUCUAAUUGAUUGUAGUCAUUAUAAUUCCUCAAGGCGAAAUUCAAACACACACAGCUGUAUAUUUUGUGUUACAUGCCACACAGAUUCCGAUCACACACAUGCAGACAUGGCAGAGUACGUAAGUGCUGUACCUCUUGAGCUGGUGAGGUUGGGGACAGCGCCUUGCUCUUGGGCACUUCGACAGUAGCCAGGAAGCACACUAGCAUCUCUCCAACAAUUGGUUGCCAUUUCACAUUUUGUCCUCAGCAAACCUCCAGCUCCAAAGAUCCAAAUCCUUACAGAUGAGGUACUGCCACCUACAGGGUACAAUCUAAUGAUAUUUAAUAUUGAUUUUAAAUUAGAAGGCGAGAGAGGGAAAUUUUUUUUACCACAUGUUCAUUAUUUUGGUUGUAGUUUUCAGCACAACUACUGCACUGCGAAUGAGAGCUGUUUAUAAUAUUUAGCAUAUUUUUCUACUGCAAACAAUAUCACAAACAUUAACCCUAUUCAAAUAUGAUGUGGAAAAUGAAUAAUGAUACAUUGUUUGUUUCUGUGUUUAA